UAGUUAGUUGUUUUGUUGGAGAGUGAGUGAGAAUGUCAGAGAAAGAAUCAGAAUCAGAAUCAAUGAAGUUAGCUUCGGAAGAGGUUUCCGAUGAGUUCAAAACCCUCGUCAGUUCCGACGAUCUCCAUUCCCUUAACCAUUUGCAGCACACCAUAUUGGGGAGGUUGCAGGACAGCAAUGCUGUCUUGUCACAUUUCAAUGAAUUCUCCGAACAUUGUUUUACUGAGAUUUCCGGAGAUAUCGCUAGAAAUACUCGUGUCUUGAAGUCUGUCAAAUCUGACCUCGAUUAUAUUUUCCAGAAACUAAGAAGCAUGAAGUCAAAAAUUUUGAUGACUUAUCCGGACGCUUUUCCUGAAGAUUCAAUGAGCGAAGUCAUUGAUAGGAGACCUGAUCUUGAAAUGCCCAAGUAAACUAACGCUGUUAACGAGGAAGUUAUAUGAGUGCUUUUAUUUUUAUUUUUACCUUCUGGUAAUAAACAUCUUCGAGUAUUAGUUCUCAGUCAUUUUACCUUCCUUCUUGCUCUUAAUAAAAUUCUUUAUACUUUUUCAUUGCAA